AUGAGUGGUGUCGCCCCAGCAAUCGACAAACAGGUGUACAUCCAAGAGGCUGCUCAGUUACUGGUCGCGGCCGUGGAGGAGAAGGAACAGGAGGCGUCAGCAGGGGCCUCUGGCCGCGGGACGUCAGGCAGCCUGGAUCUCAUGGAAGAGAUGGACCUGGUACCCAUCGAGGGCCUCAAGCCCCUGCAGACUAGUCUGUCCUCAAAACUGCGGAGUGUGACUGAACCCAGCACUGUGUGGGGCUGGCUGGAGCCAGGCUCCAGGGUGUUGCCGUUUGUGGUGUUGAAGGGUACUGGAGUGGUCAUUGGGAGGGGCCGUGAGGUCUUCGAGGCCCGCUUAAGGGCCUUGGAGACCAUGUCGCCUGCCAUGAAUGCAGGCAAUGUUCCACAGGGAAUGAGCAAGAGGAUGUCAGAGGCCAUGGCAAACCACAUGGCAUUUGUUGAGGUUGCGGAUGGGAGAGUCAGCAGGCUCCACUGCCUGGUGAGCCAGCAACUAGCCCACGGGGAGAAGGUCCCAAUCCUUGAGGACUGCAGCAGCAAUGGAACCUUUGUCAACGGCAAGAAGGUCGGACGGGGAAAGAGCAUUCCACUGAAGGAUGGGGACAGGAUGUCAUUGGUCCUGUCUGUUGCACCUUUGGUGGAGCAGUACUUCAUGUACCAUGAGGGGAAUCCACAAGAUACAGACAUAUCCAAGGGUCAAUGGGUCGGUGGCGAAGCCGUGGGCUCGAGCUCGCCACUCACCCCCCCACGCGGCCGGCCACAGCCCUCCCAAGCCCUGUCCCGGUCCACCACCAGCAGGUACACCACUGCCGAGCAGUCCACCCUGGACGACUUUCAGUGCCAGAUCUGCCUGGGAACCCUGAGGUGUUGUGUGGCGAUCGAGCCCUGCGGCCACAACUUCUGUGCCUGCUGCUUGUCGCAGUAUUUUGGCACGCAGUUGGAGAAUGGGGUACCACACAUGUGCCCACUCAGGUGCCCAGACCCAGAGCGGGUUGUGUUGAAUGACACUGUGCGAAACCUGGUGGACAACUUGGAGCGGUCUUUGAGAUUGAAGAAGGGUACCCGGGAGGCGUCCAAAGAGGAUUUGGCUGGACAAGAAGCUGAAGCGAGCGGACGGGCAUCAGGGCUUGCAGCUGCAGAUGAAGCUGACAACACAAUGUCUGUACUGUGCCCUCUCAAUGAUGACGACCUUCCUGUCGAUGCUGUCAGCCUGAAAUCUCGGCAAGUGGAUGUGACCCUCCGGAGGUUAGGUUCUCCCAGCACAUCUGUAGACGAUCAGUUGGUUUGCCUGGAGGUGCUAGCCAGGCUUGCAUGGAGCGAUGACUCAGUCAGGGAAGAGGUCGCCAACACUGGUGGCAUUGACCUCAUCAUCAAGAUUAUGCGACAAAAGCCAAACAAUGAAGGAAUUCAGUGCAACUGCUGCCUUGCUUUGAUGUCACUCGUUCGCGGGGAAGGAGAGGUAUGCCAAGCGAACCAGUGGAAUUUAGCGAAGGCCGGAGCAGUGGAGGCAAUGGCAGAUGCAAUGAGGCUGUUCAGGGACCACCCUAUGGUGCAGCUCAGUGCAUUGCUGUGCUUCAUUCCACUAUCCCUCGAAAACUCCAUGAUGCAGGCACACCUGUGUCAGCUCGUCCUGUCUGAUGUGCUGCUGGCCCUUGACAACCAUCUUACUGAGGCAGACAUUCAGUGCAAAGGCCUGGUAGUGCUGGGAGUGAUGGCACAGGGUGACGAUGCGAUGCACGACUCUAUCCGGCAGCGUUUGCUGGAGGCCAACGCGCACAGCCGUGUCUCUAAGUCCCUCAAGGCCUUCGGCUCCGACAACGACGAGGUGCUGUGGGCAGGGCUGUUCGCUCUUGCCACCCUUGCCCGAGAUGGCAGCACGAUGUUCAAAACUGCUUGCAGGGCACUGGCCCAGUCCCGCCUCCUCACAGUGCUGAAGUCGGUCCUGGAGGCCUACACCAAGUCCAUCCAGGAUGAGGGGAUCGAAGAGGACGAGACGAUUGUGACAGCAGGGGAGUAUCUUGUCUCCGUAAUAUCCGAGGCACGUGACCAGCUGAUGAAGGAAUGGCAACAAGUCAUUCUGGGUGGCGUGAUGUGCUGCGUGGCAUCAAGUGCUGUCAUUGGAUGGUACCUAUUUCGGCGGCGGCGGUGA